CCCAUCUCUCUCAUCUUUCUAUUUGUAGCUAGCUAAACUAACGUUAGCUAACCAAGCUAGUUUACUAGCUAGAUGAUCGUUUUAUGAACAUAACUUGUGAGCAUCGUAUUCAGAUGAGUUUUAAAAAUACAUAUAUUUAUCCCCAUUUCCGAUGAUCCAUUAAUCUCAUCCAUGAUGUCUUGACGGCUGUGUCGAGAGCUAAAGGCAAAAAACGUAAACAAAGAGGAUACAUGCGAGUAGAGCAACUGAGUUUGGUCGUCACACACACAUGUCCAUAUAUGGCAUUGCGGUGGCAGCCAUAUUGGAAUUUCUAUCCGGUGAUGUCCCUGCAAAAGUGAACACUUAUCUCCAGCUGGCGAGGUUUUCUCCAGCCGACAGACCGUCCACUCCUCCCAGGCUCCACCCCUCUAGACUGCGGGCAGGCAUGGCGGCUAUCGAGACACGGGAAUGCGAAACAGAAGGCUGUAGCAGCGAGGCCAAACUUCAAUGUCCAACCUGUAUCAAGCUCGGGAUCCAAGGCUCAUACUUUUGCUCUCAGGAGUGCUUCAAAGGGAGCUGGGCUACUCACAAGCAGAUGCACAAAAAAGCAAAGGAGGAUAAGAACCAGGUUGAGGCAAAGAACUGCGUGGAGAACGACACCAACACAGACCCAUGGCCUGGCUACCGCUACACGGGCAGACUACGCCCUCACUAUCCACUCACUCCCAUGAGGCAUGUCCCCGGUAACAUCGAAAGACCUGACUAUGCCGACCAUCCACUAGGCAUGUCUGAGUCGGAGCAGUCUUUGAAGGGCACUUCACAGAUCAAGAUCCUUUCUGCCAAAGACAUAGAAGGCAUGACAGUUGUGUGUAAGCUGGCCCGAGAGGUGCUUGACAUCGCCGCCCUGAUGGUAAAACCUGGCAUGACCACGGAGGAGAUUGACUACACUGUGCAUCUGGCCUGCACAGCCAGAAACUGUUACCCCUCCCCUCUGAACUACUAUAACUUCCCCAAGUCCUGCUGCACGUCAGUCAACGAGGUCAUCUGCCACGGCAUCCCAGACAGGAGACCUCUGGUGGAUGGGGAUAUCCUCAACGUGGAUAUUACUGUGUACCACAAUGGAUUUCACGGGGACCUCAACGAGACCUUCUUCGUUGGGGAGGCAGAUGAAGGGGCGAAAAAACUUGUCCAAACCACCUUCGAAUGCCUUAUGCAAGCCAUCGACUCCGUGAAGCCAGGUAUCCGCUACAGGGAGCUUGGUAACAUCAUCCAGAAACAUGCCCAGGCUAACGGCUUCUCUGUGGUGCGGAGCUACUGUGGCCACGGCAUCCACAAACUGUUCCACACUGCUCCUAACGUGCCGCACUAUGCCAAAAACAAAGCAGUCGGAGUGAUUAAGCCCGGCCAUGUAUUCACCAUCGAGCCCAUGAUCUGUGAAGGUGGUUGGCAGGACGAGACAUGGCCUGAUGGUUGGACAGCAGUGACCCGGGACGGAAAGCGUUCGGCCCAGUUUGAGCACACCCUCCUGGUGACUGAGACGGGCUGUGACAUUCUGACGCGCCGGCUGGAUGACAACGGACGUCCCCACUUCCUGAACCAAAUCUAAACUGGGGGGGGGGCUACAACACAGCAUCACAUGGACUGUCUCACGGGAUGCGUUCUCUUUUGCACCCCCGUUGUAUCACACACACCUCUAACCUGAGGCACCACACCCCCUGGAGGCCCGCCCGCCGUGGCUCAGCUCUCACUGUUCGACGAAUUUACUGUCCUUCUCCAAAAUUAACGGAAAGUACUUGAAUACAGUUGAUAUCAACUGUGUGGAUUUUUUUUAUCUAGGCUGUUUUAAAAAAGAAAUGUCUCAUCAGGAGAUAAAAAGGAUAAAAAAGAAAAGGGAAGUGUAUUCAUGAAAUGUGGCUUUGUGCAGUUGCAAGUUGAAUUCUUACCUUGAUAGCUUGGAUUCUGUUGAUGUGUAUAACUGAAGAGGCAUGGAAGGGAUCAGGCUUUAGUUUGACCCCAUGACUUUUAGACAUGUGCUACCUUACUGUAUUGCUUAAUUGAUUGCAAGGCAGCCAUGCUCCUAUUGACCAGCUGUUCAGCUCACCUGUAGUGUUCUGUUAAGGUGUGUCGUCCAGGUCUAUUCAAAUCUGAGCCCUGAGGAGUGAACUAGUUUAGUAAUAAUUGGAGUCCCUCACCUGGCAUCCCCCGGUCUGGUUUGAAUCGGGAUUGAAGUCAGCAGUGCUACGAACCCUGGGGUCUGGAUUGGACUUGUCCUGGUGUAGCGUGUUGGGCCUUAAUUUGUGAAUUAAGAAUGAGCAUGCUGGCUAAUGUCCAGGCAGCAUAUAUCCGUUAUUCCUCAGUCUAGUCAAUCACUAUUUAUCUUGGUAUGCUGUCGAUUUACUGUUGCGAGCAACAGCCUUGAGUCUCCAUUUCCAGUCUUUCCACAGUUUUUCUGCCACCUUUUUAUUUCUUCUAUGAUGGAGUGAUAAGCAGCUGUUGUGCAUGUUUUUUGUUUGUUUGAGUGUGAGGACUGUAUAAAUGCCAAAGGCUCUAUUGCAGCAGAAGUUUGGGUUUACCACCGACCUGUGAGUUAAUACCCGAUUCAAGAACACUGUAUUAAAAUAGUAAUCAUUUGAAGUAUUGUUUUAUAUUAGCUGGUAGUUAUGUGUUUGUUUUUCUUCCCAUAAUGUGCAUAUUUUCUAAUGUGCACAUUAGAAAAUGAAAAAUUAGACUAGAUUCUUACUCCCAAUGCUAUGCGCAAUUAGCCUGGCGAAGAGGUUCAAAUGAAAUUGACCAGUAAGACAAUGCUUUGAUUUAUUGUAUUAAAUUCAAAUUGAUAAAUAAUUUUCUAUAAUUUCAUAACACAAAUACUGCAAAGUAAGAAAGGGGAAAGGAUGGUAUUGAUUUAUAACCUUGUAAAUAGAAAGCUGGCUUUAAUGUGAUUCUUCUGCAAUGCCUUACCAUUUCCCAGCAUGCAUUAAACCAAAGCCCUCUGAUACUCUCGAAGGGCAGUGUAUGGGUCACAAACUCA